GCCGCUCCCGCUCAUCCCGGGGCCUCUCUCAGGGGGGGCUCCCACCGCCGGGCACCAUGACGGUGAGGGGGGCCGCGCUGGCCCCCGACCCAGCGUCCCCAACCACCGCGGCCGCCUCGCCCAGCGUCUCGGCCAUCCCCGAGGGCAGCCCCACGGCCAUGGAGCAGCCCGUGUUCCUGAUGACCACUGCGGCGCAGGCCAUCUCGGGGGUGUUCGUCUGGACCGCCCUUCUCCUCACCUGCCACCAGAUCUACAUGCACCUGCGCUGCUACAGCCGCCCCAACGAGCAGCGCUACAUCGUCCGCAUCCUCUUCAUCGUCCCCAUCUACGCCUUCGACUCGUGGCUCAGCCUCCUCUUCUUCACCAACGACCAGUACUACGUGUACUUUGGCACCGUGCGGGACUGCUACGAGGCCCUGGUCAUCUACAACUUCCUGAGCCUGUGCUACGAGUACCUGGGGGGCGAGAGCGCCAUCAUGUCUGAGAUCCGGGGGAAGCCCAUCGAGUCCAGCUGCAUAUACGGCACGUGCUGCCUCUGGGGCAGGACCUACUCCAUCGGCUUCCUGCGCUUCUGCAAGCAGGCCACACUGCAGUUCUGCGUGGUGAAGCCACUCAUGGCCGUCAGCACCGUGGUCCUUCAGGCCUUCGGCAAGUACCGCGACGGUGACUUUGACGUCAGCAGCGGCUACCUCUACGUGACCAUCAUCUACAACAUCUCCGUCAGCCUGGCGCUCUAUGCCCUCUUCCUCUUCUACUUCGCCACCCGCGAGCUGCUCAGCCCCUACAGCCCCGUCCUCAAGUUCUUCAUGGUCAAGUCCGUCAUCUUCCUCUCCUUCUGGCAGGGCAUGCUGCUGGCCAUCUUGGAGAAGUGCGGGGCCAUCCCCAAGAUCCACUCGGCGCGCGUGUCGGUGGGCGAGGGCACGGUGGCCGCCGGCUACCAGGACUUCAUCAUCUGCGUGGAGAUGUUCUUCGCCGCCCUGGCGCUGCGGCAUGCCUUCACCUACAGGGUCUACGCCGACAAGCGGCUGGACGCCCAAGUGCCAACGUACGGCCCUUACGGCCGCUGCGCCCCCAUGAAGAGCAUCUCCAGCAGCCUCAGGGAGACCAUGAACCCGCACGACAUCGUGCAGGACGCCAUCCACAACUUCUCGCCCGCCUACCAGCAGUACACGCAGCAGGCCACGCUGGAGCCCGGGCCCACGCGCUCCCACGGGCUGGUGCGCUCGCACAGCCUGGGCGCCGCGCGCGACCACGAGAAGACGCUGCUGCUCAGCUCCGACGACGAGUUCUAGCGCGCCCGGGCCGGGGACAGCGACGGGGCCUGGGCCCGGAACGGCGACGCGCGCCUGGGACCAGAUGCGCCCGGGACCAGAUGCGCAGGUUGCGCGCCCGAGGCCAGGAUGCGCGCCCGUGCCCCAGACCCAGACGAGACGUGCGCCCUUCGGGACCAGGACGCACCCACCAGGACGCACCCAUCUUCGCUUCCAGAGCAGCCGCCAACAAUAUGCCCCGCCAGACCCAGCACGGGCGGACCCCCAGGGACCAGCGCGGAGCCCCGCGUCGCGUCCCCCAGACUCAGCCCCCCACUCUCUCGCGCGCGCGCGUACCGUGCAAUGCCGGAGCUGGGCCUGCCCCGCCUGCGCCCUCCGUGUCCAGUGGGAGGGCCGUGCUGUGGACUCCCCUUCCCUCCAGGCCCGCUUGGUAUGCUGCAAAGAUGAGAGCCAGACCCCCACGAGCCCCCCGCCUAGAGGACAGCCCCACCCCCACCAUGCCCCUCCCUCCUGGGCUCUGUGGAGACCCUUGAGGUCACAGCUGGGGGUGGGCAGUGGCCCCUCUUCCCUGCUGGGCCCCUGCCACCGCUGCUGGAGGGGGUCUCAGCCAGGCUUUGGGGUUCCAGGUUGAGGAUGGGCUCCCCUGGAAGGGUGGGGGUGCUGCUGGGAGGAAGGUCCCAGACUCUGGGGGGGGGGCAUCCGCAGGGCCUGGGGUCCUGCCUCAUGCAGACCCUGCCCGUCUCCUGUGCCUUAGCCACACAUAAAAGCUUCCCCCGUUGCCCCCUCAGUUGCUUUAGGUACCCAGCAGCGUGGGCAGGGGCCCGAGACAGCCUGGCCCACCGGUCCUAACCUCACCUCCCCAUCUCCCGGGUCGGGGUCCCCCAGGACUGCCCCUGUCCUUGCUGGUGCCUGAGGACACGGGCUGCACCCAGGGGUCUCCUCUCCUUUGGGCAUAUGGGGUUCCAGGCCUGGGGUCUUCCCUGGUGACCACUGCAGCCCCUCGGAGCAGGGGGGUGGAGGGGAGGGCGGGGUGCAGGCCAGCAGGGGGUCCCUGACUCUUCCCCCAAACCCGCUCUGUCCUCUAAGCAUCCUUCCAGGCCAAAGUGUCCUGCAUCUCGGUCUGUGCGGCCUGGGCCCCUGCCCGCUGCCAUGGAGGGGGUGAUGGGUUGGGGGGGGACUCAGUACUGGAGGGGCACAAGGACCAAUGUGGACCACCCCCCUCCCCGUCCAAGGAGGCAGACCCUCCCCUUGUCUUUUUCGUUGGUUUCCAUUUCCCUCCCCCCUAGAGUAGCUCUUUGUACAUAAGAAAUACUUGAAGACACCCUCGGACCCCGUGUGAGACGCCCAGAGCCCCUAGUUUUGUACGCGUCUGACUGCCGUGACCCCCUCCUCCCACCCCCCCAGAAAGCCGCUCUAUUUUGGUCUCUGACAUUUGAAAUGCGUGACGGAAGUGAGCAAAUAAAGUGAGAAAGAGUCUAUA